UUCGCUAAUGCCUUAGCAGUGCUUGCAUUCGCAUUUAUAGGGCUGUUCUGGACUUUGACAGAAUGUGCUACUGGUCAGUCCGCCCCUGCUUGUGUGGGACAAUGUAGGACACAUAAUGUUUAUCUAGUGGAAUGAAAAAUAUUGGUAUAUUUUUAUGUUUUUUACUGAUCUAUUAUUAUUAUGUCCUAUUAAUUAUAAUGCAUGUUAAGCUGUGCUGCAACAAUGAGACUUGUGAAAAGCGUUAUAUAAAGCCUCUUAAUGGUCAAGAGGGGAAAAUGCCGUGCGGUACAACACAAAGCGGAUCGGGGGGUCACCCUAUUGUUUAUAUACCGCAGUAUAUACAGUAGUAAACAACUACUCCUUCAUAUUCACUCAUUCCUCAGUGAGCAGAACCAACAAAGUGAUGAUGUUAAAGUAGGCAUUGCUGUUGUGUGUACGAUCAGUCAUAUAAAAGCGAAUUUGCCCAUGUGAUAUCACAAAUUCAGCAAUACUGAAAUGGACUGUAUUUGGAGCUUGACUACAAAAAUGCCUUUUUGUUGAUGAGGAGGGAGGAUGUUUUAAGCGCAGGAAGUAUUAAAGAGACCACCCCUUUAAAGUAUGACAGUCACGUGUGUUUGGAUUGACAUGGAGGUGGGUAAAUGAUAACAGAUUUACGUUUUUAAGAGAGCUAGAGCCUCAAAUGCAGGGAAAAAAGUCUCUAUCGUUCAAUCUCUCAGGCAGAUGUUUUGUCUAGUGUUUGGUUUGGGGCUUUGCUCUCAGAGAUUGUUUACUUUGUGCUUCCUCUGGGCGCUCUGUGUCGCUCCGUGUGCAGCCGCUGCGCCUCCUCUUACUGGAACGCACUUACGGAUAAGACCCUCCACACGCCCAAUGUUUACCAUAAACAACCAAGUAACAGACACGGCUAGACAGAACACAUCUGGUGACAUUUUUCAAAGUGAAUUGUACAGAAUGCUCGACUGUCAGUGAUUUGUAAUAUCAAGACGAUAUUUCUUUGCUUCCGCUAGGUGGCGCAUCAGUUGCCUCAGUAAGAUUCAAUAAUGACACACAUCAUAGGAUUAAUGGUUUUGUGCAUGGGUUCGGUGCACAGUUUCUGGUCACGUUACGUUCUUAUGUUAUAAAGUCCAUUAUAUUAGUUUCCUUCCGUUUUUCUGGUCUGUUGUGACUCAAGCAGAAAGGUGUUUAAUGCAUUUAUAGCCUAACUCAUAAUAAUCCAAACAAAUUGGCCCUUCCAUGCGGUUACAGAUGCUUUAUAGUCUGCUGUGAAGCAAGAUCCGAAAGGAUUGUCCCAUUUCUUACAGUGUCUUUAAGCCGAAGGCAACGGGGUCCUUCGCUGAAAGUCUGGUAGCCAAUCAGUGUCACUUGCAUACACAGAGCCAGAUGUCGGUCUUGUGUAGUGGGCAGUUGUGUUGUAUAGGGACUUGUUAAAUACCUGCCUUAGAUCGGCCUUUAUGGGCUGUAUCUUCCUCAACAGAACAUACUGUAUGAUGAGCUGGUACAGGAGGACGUUAUGCAGCUGAUGAUCAGAAUGGAUCGAUGUAUGCACAUCCUUAGGUUGUAAUAGAAAAACAGAAAUGCGGUGAAGCAGACGUGACAAUUUUUUUGUUCAGUGUGUAGUCCUCCGCCUUCUCCCCUAUAACCCUGUGACCAAUGAGCGCACUCCCAGCCUGUGAUGUUAGGAUCCAUGCCAGCUCGUUCAGUGCAGACAGGGAAAACACUCGGAGCGGAUCAGAGCGAGGACAGCCGGUCUGGAGACACUCAGCAGCGCGUCCAGCUGAACUCCUGUGAAUGACAGACGAGCAGCAGACCAUCUUCAACACUGCAGUCUGGAGUGAUGGGCGAUGUUCAGUUUGCCACUGGCUCUCAUGUCUCGAAGACGAGUCUUACUCUGGGACAAGGUCUCUCCAGCAGAGAAGCCCCUGUUUUUACCCUCCCGCCACGUAAUACCCGAGUCAGCCAGGGAGGUAUCGCACGCCUCGAAGGCAAGGUGCGUGGUCAUCCAGAGCCCCAGGUGUGCUGGUUUCGAAAUGGGAAGCUGUUGAUGUCUAGCGAUCGCUACUCCAUGGAACAAAGUGCACGUGGAACCUUCAGUUUACUGGUUCGGGAGGUUCAGAAUGAUGAUGGUGGACGUUACACUUGCGAGGCGGUCAAUGACGCUGGAAACUGUCAGGUUACCGUGGAGAUCAUUGUCGAAGGAAACACAGGAAAGAAAUACAAUCUUCCCUCCUCCAGUAGAAUAGGUGGCUCAAUGGGUGUUCCGGCAGUAGAAAACAGACCCAGUAUCUGGGGCGAAAGCCCCCCAAAGUUUGUGACUAAACCUUCACGUCUGUAUCUCAAAAUUGGACAGAGUGGCAAGUUCUCAGUCAAGAUCACAGGACGACCACAGCCACUGGUGCAGUGGUACAAGGGUGAAGAGAAGAUCCAGAUGUCAGAUCACUAUAACACGUUUGAGCGCUCGGGAAUGCAUUUCCUGGAGAUCUGUCAAGUGUGCUCGGAGGAUGCCGGCAUCUACACCUGCCUGGUGGCCAACAGCGCUGGCAAAGCCUCUGCAACCACUGAACUUAUCGUUCAAGGUACAGACACUGAGGCAGCCAUUGUGACCAAAUGGUCUCAUGAUCUGUCUAAAUCCUCUCUGGCCAAGCACAGUACCAACACCCUGGACGCUGAACAGAAACCUUCAAACACAUUCAUCCAGACAGUAACCACACAUACACGCACAGCUUCAUCCACUACUGCUGCGGCAAGCAUUUUACCUGCGACCAGAACAGAUAGCCCGAAAACAACAUCAUCUCCAGCUUUACAACCCCCCGAAAAAGCCAUCGACGGGAGAUCACUAAUCGUUCAAAAUAUGUCAAAUGUUGUCAGUAUAAAGAGUGGGAAUUCCGAUAAUAAAGAGUCACAUGACAUGAAGAGAGACUCAGAGGUCUUCAGCGCUCCAGGACAGACAUCGAAACCAACCCGAGUACAGUCCAGCAGAGACACCCACACGACGGCCAGAGUGAGCAGGAUGGAUGUCUUUGAAACUCCGCCUAGUUUUGAUUCACAGCCCCGGAGCCAAGAGGUCAUGCAGGGUGAAAAGGUCACUUUCAAUUGUCAAGUGUCUGGGUCACCGUUACCCUCAGUGAGCUGGAUGAAGGAUGGAGUUCCUGUCAGCCAGAGAGCGGGCUUCCGUACAUGGCAAGAGGGCAGUCUGCACUUUCUGUGUCUGGAGAGCGCUCACAUUACAGACGCGGGACUGUAUAGCUGCUCUGCCAUCAACAAAAGAGGAAAGACUGCAGCCCACUGGAGUCUGACAAUCAAGAGUGUGAGGGUGGAGGGCAGGUGUCCGGUGUUCAGCUCUACUCUGACGGACUGUUCUGUAACCGAGGGACAGGAUGUCUGUCUUCAUUGCUCAGUAGAGGGAAGACCCCAGCCUGAGGUCUCCUGGCUCCUCAAUGAUAAGCCCGUGACACAUUUACACACUGUGUAUGAGAAUGGUGAGUGUGAGCUGAGAGUUCAGGCCGCUGUGAUGGAGGACGCUGGUGUGUAUUCAUGUGUGGCAGUGAAUGAUCAUGGUAGAGCUGCGUGUUCUGCCCGUGUGCUGGUUAAAGCUAAACCAGGUGUGAAGAGGUCUUGUGCCCCUCCUGCGGUUAAUGUGAGAAGACCCUCGGCUCCAGUGUUCCUCAAGGGUCUGCAGGAUCUCAGAGUCAUGGACGGCAGUCAGGUCACCAUGACUGUGGAGGUGACAGGAAAUCCUCCCCCUGAGGUGUUGUGGCUGCAUAAUGGAAAAGAGAUCCAGGAGUCCGAGGACUUCCAUUUCGAGAAGAAGGGCUGUCAAUACACUCUCUUCAUACAGGAAGUUUUUCCUGAGGACACCGGCACAUACACCUGCGAGGUGUGGAAUGAAGCUGGAUACGCUCGGACUGAAGCUUCACUCACUGUUCAAGAGCCUCAGGAUGGAGUUCAGCCCUGGUUUAUCACUAAACCUCAGUCCUCUACAACCUGCCUGGGUCAGCACGCUUUGCUGUCCUGCGCCAUCGCUGGUGACCCCUUCCCAUCAUUCCUCUGGAUGAAGAACGGUCAGGUGAUAUCUGGAGGGGGAGACUUUGAGAUCUUACAGAAGGAAGACGUUGUGUCUCUGCUCGUCAGGAAAGUACAGACACAUCAUGCUGGAAACUACGAGAUUCAUCUUAAAAAUAAAGUAGGAGAGUGCAAAUCAGUGGCCACCCUGCACAUCAUUGAGAGCUCUGUGCCAUCUGGUGACGAUUCUCAUAAACGCCAAGAGGUGGAGAGGACUGCUCCGGGCAAGGGAGGACAGAGCGACAGACCUGCCUCACUGUGCUCCGAGCCACUCUGGGACCGUGACGUUCCGGAUUGGGAGGAGAACGAGGCCACCCACGGGCGUCUCAAAAGGCGCGUGGAAACCAAAGAGCAUCGGGAAGACCAGAUCCGACAGCAGGAGGCUGAGCAGAUCGACUUCCGAACCGUUCUGGGCCGCAAGGUCGCCACGAAGAGCGUCUCUGAGGAAGACCUGAAGGAGAUCACUGCUGAGCAGAUGGACUUCAGAGGGAGCCUCCAACGGCAGAUCAAGCCCAAGACCCAGUCGGAAGAAGAGCGGAAGGUCAACUCUCCCCAGCAGGUGGACUUCAGGGCCGUGCUGGGAAAGAAAGGAACCCCGGGAACCCCGAAACCUGCUCCUGGAUCGUUAACAAACACUCAACCCAACAAAAACGAAGUUGUAGACUUUAGGUCAGUGUUAGGAAACAAGAAAAAGCAACAGAGCCAGGAGAGGAACGGAGAAAGGCCACCGUUAAAAGACGGCACGGGAAAGGAAAACGAUGUUAACUGUGUGGAUGGAGGGGUGAAGGAGAAAGCAAGGGCAGGUGGAAGGAAAGAACCAGUUUUUACACAGAAACUGAGUGAUGUGACAGUGCUGGAUGGGGAACGUUUGCAUCUACAGUGCCAACUUUCUUCUGAAUCGCCUGCCAAGGUCACAUGGACCCUUGACGGGAAACUCAUCAAACCAUCGAAAUUCAUUGUUAUUACCAAUGAAGGUGGUCAGUGCUCUCUGUGCAUUGAUAAAGCGCUUCUUGAGGAUGAUGGACAGUAUGUUUGCAGAGCAGAGACAAGCGAGGGCAGGGAAGAGUGUUCCUGUAUGGUCCUAGUGGAUGAUCCCAGUGUCUCCACAUCAGCUGAUAAGCGAAGCAGGAAGCCCUCUACCCCGACCACAGAGAAUGAGGCCAAAAUAAAGAAACCGCAACCGAAAACGCUGCCAAAACAAGGUGCUCCUCCUCAGAUCCUGCAGUUUCCUGAUGAUAUGAAGAUCUUGGCCGGUCAGCAGGUCAAUCUGCUGUGUAAGUUCGCUGGAGCUCCGCCCAUCAGCUGCACCUGGCUCAAGUUCCGCAAACCAAUUCAGGAGGGUCAGGAUGGCAUCUCCAUAAUGAGCGCAGACAGCAGCAGUCAGCUGACCAUCCCAGAAGGACAACAGGAACACUGCGGAUGCUACACAAUUGAGAUCAAAAACAGCUGGGGCGUAAGACAGGCCGCUCUCAAUCUCACUAUAGUCGAUAAGCCUGACCCACCCGCCCGUGUCCCAGCAGCCUCAGACAUCCGUAAAUCCAGCCUUACUCUGUCUUGGUACGGGCCGACGUACGACGGUGGCAGCGCAGUCCAGUCCUACAACCUGGAGAUAUGGAACUCUGUGAAUAAGCAGUGGACAGAUCUGGCAUCCUGUAAUAGCACUUCAUACAACGUGCAGAACCUGCUACCGGACAGACAGUACAUGUUGCGAGUGAGAGCUGUAAAUAUUUAUGGGGUAGGAGAUCCCAGUGCUGAAUCUGAGCCUGUGCAGGUUGGCCAGGAGGCUGAAGAUGAAAAUAAGGAAGAUGAGGCUGAGCGCUCAGAUGAUGAAUCAGAGAAGGUACGAGAAUACAGAAACGUGAUGAUCAGAACAGACGUGAAGGUGAAGGACCUGUAUGAUGUGGAAGACCGAAUGGGCACAGGGAAAUUUGGUACUGUUUUUAAACUAAUAGAGAAGUCUACAAAAAAAGUCUGGGCUGGGAAGUUCAUAAAAGCGUAUUCUGCCAAAGAGAAAGAUAACGUCCGUCAGGAAAUCGCAAUUAUGAACGAUCUUCAUCACUUAAAACUUGUGCAGUGUGUUGAUGCUUUUGAGGGUAAAACAGACAUCGUCAUGGUAUUAGAAAUGAUCUCUGGAGGGGAACUCUUUGACCGGAUCAUAGAUGAGGAUUUUGAGCUGACAGAGAGGGAAGUGAUCAAAUACAUGCUGCAGAUAGUGGAUGGUGUGAACUUUAUCCAUAAGAAAGGCAUCGUCCACCUGGACCUCAAACCUGAGAACAUUAUGUGUGUCAAUAAAACUGGCAGCAAAAUCAAACUCAUUGACUUCGGACUGGCACGUAGACUGGAGAUAGCCGGAUCUCUCAAAGUCUUAUUUGGCACGCCGGAGUUUGUGGCUCCAGAGGUGAUUAACUAUGAGCCCAUCAGUUACGCUACGGACAUGUGGAGUAUUGGAGUUAUCUGCUAUAUACUUGUAAGUGGUUUGUCUCCGUUCAUGGGGGACAAUGAUAAUGAGACGCUCUCUAACGUAACCUCGGCGACGUGGGAUUUUGAAGAUGAAGCGUUUGAUGAGAUCUCGGAUGAGGCCAAAAGCUUCAUUAGCAACUUGCUCAAGAAAGACAUGAAGGCCCGUCUGACCUGUGAUCAGUGUAUUCAGCACCCGUGGCUCAAGCAGGACACAAACAACAUGGAGGCCAAGAAGCUUUCUAAGGAGAGAAUGAAGAAGUACAUCCUGAGGAGAAAAUGGCAGAAAACAGGGCAUGCAGUACGAGCGAUUGGUCGACUUUCUAACAUGGCAUUGAUGGCAGGCGUUCAUGCCAAAAAGGGCUCCCCCACUGAAGUGGAAGAUAGACAGUUUUCUAUUGAAUCGGAGGAGAAGGUUUCAAUGAAACCCACGUUCAGCACUGUUAUUAAAGAUGUUGAGGUGGUGGAGGGCAGUGCUGCACGAUUCGACUGCAAAAUUGAGGGUUACCCUGACCCAGAGGUGGUGUGGUUUAAGGACGACCAGCCGAUUAAAGAGACACGUCAUUUUCAAAUCGAUUAUGAUGAAGAUGGAAACUGCAGUCUGGUCAUUUCUGAGGUCAGUGGUGAGGAUGAUGCAAAAUACACCUGCAAGGCCAUGAACAGCGUCGGAGAAGCAACCUGCACUGCUGAACUCAUCGUAGAGGUGAUGGAUGGAGAAGAGGAGGAAGAGGAAGAAGAAUAAGUGGUACUUCGGUUAAAAAAACGUUUCUCUCUUUCUUUGGUUAGUCUCACUGUCUUUUGGAUAAUGACAAUGAUGAUGAGGAUGAAGAAGACCUCUAUCACCUCGCGCAGCGAUUCUUUUAUUGCACUUCGAAUUCUUAGGUUUGUUUGUUUUGUGUUAAAACAGUCAAGGUCAGAUAUCUGAUUAUCACAUGACCCUAGCGUUUCACACAUUCCAUCGGUUACUUUUAUUUUAUUUUAAGUUUUUCCAACCAGACAAAACAAAACUUAACUAAACUCACAUGUGUGUUUGUGUGAGAUAAUGUUUUAAAUAAGUGUUAUUUAAGCACACACUAUUUAAGCAAGGUUGUGUGUUUUCAUUUGAAGACCUUUUCCUCAUUUUCACCUGUGACAACUGCACUUAUCAGAGAUUUGUAUACAUGUUAUUAGUAAUGUCUAUAGGUUGGAUUUCUCUAUUUUUACAGUAGGCCUAUGUACCAGUUUGAAGAAGUGCAGACUGCAUUGUAAUGAGAACACUACAAAUGUUGUUAUUCACAUUUAAAGAAUAAAUUUUUUAUCA